GCAAGAUAAAACUGUAAUCGGUUGAUUUUUUCAGGUAGAAAUUGCCAAGGAAAAUUGACAUUAUCGCUCAAGUUGCAUGCACCAAGAUCAUUUCAUGGUCUUCUAGAGCUUAACCUUGUUCUCAAAUGGCGGUGUGAAACAAGAUGGAAGAAGAAAGCUCUGGUGUUGUCAAGAAGAUGGACAAGGAAGUCCUGGUGACUGCAGUUUCUGAGGGAUCAUCAGAUUUUGUCAGAAUAAAACAAGAAGUGGACCUGCCAGAAGAUGACACCUACUACCCAAUGGACUUUGGUAUCUCUGUUGAAGAUGAGGAAGAAAUGAAUCCAGUUUAUGUCAAGAUGAGAAGUAAAGAGCCUGGUUCCUCAGGUAUAAACCAAGGGAGAGAUGGGGCCAAGCCCUAUGAAGAAGAGGAGGACAGUGAGGAGAGUGGAGAGGAGAGCAGGGAAGAAAGCGACGAAGAGUCGCCAGACAGCGGAGAGAGGACUGGAGAAGAAGAUGGAGAUCAAGAUCAAGAAUGGAUGGAUAACCGCAGUAUCAGAGAUGAGGAAAGAGAGCAUCCAUCCACCAGCGAGCCUACAUCUGCGCCCUUCACCGCAGAUAUGACUCCAGUAGUCAUCAAAGAUGAGCCACUGAGUGAUGAUGAGGGUCCAGGCCUUUCUUACGAAGAGGAUCCCGACCAGUUUGCAGAGAGCUACAAGAUGUUAGAAUCCUUGCGGAGAGCCAGCGAACAAGAGGAGGGAGGGCAAUCUUCCAGAGGAGCCUUGUUUGACAGUAAGUCUUCUCUCUCAAAGAUUGACUCGGAUGGAAUGAAACAAGAACAGAAAGAGGUUAUCGUGUGUGGGAUAUGUAGUGAGGUAUUCGAUAUUCAAAGUGACCUUGAUGCGCACCAAAAGGUUUUGCACAACGCUGUUAAUGAUUCGUACUCUGUGGUUAUAGAUGGAAGGGAAAAAGGGCUCUUGGAGGAGAAUGUGGCAGGUGACCUUGAGUCGCCCAUUACCCGGGUUGUCAGGGUUCAAAUUACAAAAGAAAAUUAUCAAGACCUUAUAGAGGAUGAAACGUUUGAUUUCCAGAAUGAAAUGGAUCCCUGCCAAGAGUUGCCUCAUGCUAAAGAACCAUGCAUUCUAAGUGAUCCCCAGUCUGGACCAUUCGAGUAUGGUACUUGUAGGUUGUGUAAGAAAGCAUGUGGCAACAGGCGUAUGUACUUAAUGCACCUCAGAACUAAACACAGUGAGGAGCUCCCAUAUGAAUGUCAGGUUUGCAAGGCCAGGUACUUGGACGAGGAAGAUUUAGAAAGUUACAAUCGUAAACGCGUAGGGCAAAUUGAAAAUGGUAGUAAAGAAGAGAAUACAUGUGAGCUUUGUGGUGACAAGACCUCAUAUGCAUGUCAUACAUGCAAUAUGGAAUUCGACAACAGACCCAAAUUGAUAGUGCAUCAAAAAGUCCAUUGUAAAGGGAAACAUUGCUAUUGCCAUUUGUGUGAGAAGUACUUCCCAGAUACUAGACACACUAGAGAGCAUUUAGAGACCCAUUAUCCCGUGCCCCUGAAAGCAAUAGAAAAAAGCCCUUCAGUUCAAGAAAUAAAGAGUGACCUGGAUACAAAGGGAGGCGAAAAUCAACCUCAAGAAGCUUUACAUCAGAAAAUCCACCUCCCUGGUGAGUCACAGACUUCAUCUGAAAAUCUAGUUGCUGUAGGAAGUUCCCCUGAGCAGUUGCCAAGACAUCACUGCAUAUACUGCAAAGAGGAAUUUCAAUCCAUGCAAACAUUAUUACAUGUAGAUCAUGCAUGCGUCCGUAUCAACAGCACAACCAAACGUUGCCCAAUCUGCCCUAAGCAGGUAGGAAGUAGAAAGAAAUUCAGGCAACACAUCGUUUCCCAUAAUUUAACUUGUAAGACAAGACAUAAAAAUCAGGCUGCAAACAGAAUGAUGGAUAUCUCACAAGUGAAAUCCCCUGGCCAAACAUGCCGCUGUGAGUGGUGCCAUAAAGAAUUUGAUGACAGAAAUAAACUUAUAGAUCAUACCCGAAUCCACUUUGCAUAUGGAAGGAACCAGUGUCCAGUGUGUGAGAGGUGGUAUACCAAUACAACAUACUUUAGGCAGCACGUUAGAGUUCACGGAAUAAUUCUAUCUGACAAAGACAGGCAGUACAAUAUUCAGCAAGCAGGCCCCUCUAAAGAACAGCACCGUCGCUGUUUAUGGUGUGAUAAGAAGUUUCAGAGUUCUGACAAACUGGCAGCUCAUACAUACCUCCACGUUGCUCGUGGGAGGAACUGUUGCCCGGUAUGUGGUAAGUGGGUUGGGCGUAGAAAGCGAUCAGUAUUCAGGGCUCAUCUUUUGACUCAUGGUAUAAAAACUUUUUGUGAUGAUAAAGGGCAAUCCUGUAAGCGUUCUGUCAAAGGAUCACAUGCCACUCAAGGUUUGAAACAGGAAGUGAAAUCAGUUGUUGAUGGCUUGACCCAGUCUGAAGUACAGGGUGAAAACUCUUCUAGAGUACCAACACAUCGCUGUGCCUGGUGCCAUUUAGGAUUUCAUGAUCUAGAAACACUGGUGAAUCAUACACAUGACCACAUUCACAGUGGAAUGAAUCGGUGUCCAGUCUGUUGUUUGUCGUUCUCUGGUGUAUGGGGUUUCAAGCUCCACCUUAGUGUCCAUGGUAUCCCUACACCAUACAGGAAGAAGGUAUUUACCGUUCCCGGUACCAGCAUUGGAUUGCCUCUUCCUCAGGUUGACAAGGCAAGAGUGUUGAACAUGCAGAAUUCGGAAGGCCAGGAUGAUGUCUUGUCCCUUGGGAGAUCUCCACUGUCAAGUCAUACACAAACCUUUGCAGAUUCCCUCACUUCUGGAACACCACCUUGUGUCAGUAAUUCUGAUCAAGGACCACCACACCCCGAUGAGAACGUACAGGCCAUUCUUGAUACCGUCAGUAUGGCUGCGUCACAGGUUCAAACCUCAUGCAGAUUACCGGAGCAUUGCUGCCAAUGGUGUGGUAGGGAAUUUGAUGGUCUAGAAGAAUUGGUGGCUCAUACACGCAUCCAUAUUAAAGAUGGAAAAAAUCAGUGUCCUGUCUGUAAGAAAUGGCUGUCCAAUAAAUCCAACUUCAAACAACACCUCAAACGUCACGGUAUAAUUCCACCAUUUGAGAAUAAGAGUGUGUCCAUUGAGCAUAUUCGCAGUAACUCAAUGUUCAUUUCUCAGAUGGGCAAGCAAAGAAAGAGCAGCACGUCCAUCAAAAAGUCAUACCUGUCUCGUAAAUCAUCCAAAUACAAGACCUCACUCAGCAUUGGAUCCUCUGAUCUAAAAUCUCUGCGUUCUGCUCAUAAGAGAAUGCUCAUUGACCAUCCUAGCAGUGCAUCAAGUCACUCCCAACGAGAUGAGAUGUCUUUGGAUCUUAAAUCUCUGCGUUCUGCUCAUAAGAGAAUGCUCAUUGACCAUCCUAGCAGUGCAUCAAGUCACUCCCAACGAGAUGAGAUGUCUUUGGAUCUAAAAUCUCUGCGUUCUGCUCAUAAGAGACAGCUCAUUGACCAUCCUAGCAGUGCAUCAAGUCACUCCCAACGAGAUGAGAUGUCUUUGGAUCUUAAAUCUCUGCGUUCUGCUCAUAAGAGAAUGCUCAUUGACCAUCCUGGCAGUGCAUCAAGUCACUCCCAACGAGAUGAGAUGUCUUUGGAUCUAAAAUCUCUGCGUUCUGCUCAUAAGAGACAGCUCAUUGACCAUCCUAGCAGUGCAUCAAGUCACUCCCAACGAGAUGAGAUGUCUUUGGAUCUAAAAUCUCCGCGUUCUGCUCAUAAGAGACAGCUCAUUGACCAUCCUACCGGUGCAUCAAGUCAUUCCAAUCGAGAUGAGAUAUCUUUGGAUCUAAAAUCUCUGCGUUCUGCUCAUAAGAGACAGCUCAUUGACCAUCCUAGCAGUGCAUCAAGUCACUCCCAACGAGAUGAGAUGUCUUUGGAUCUAAAAUCUCUGCGUUCUGCUCAUAAGAGACAGCUCAUUGACCAUCCUAGCAGUGCAUCAAGUCAUUCCCAACGAGAUGGGAUGUCUUUGGAUCUCAAGAUUGAGCGUAGUCUGCACUCUUCAGGAGAUUCCUUGGAAUCCUCCACAACCAAGAAGAGGUCCACUGGUGGUACGGUGGAGCUGUCACAAAAUCAUACUUGUGAUGUGUGCAAGAUAGAAUUCAGCAGUGCACAAUCACUGUCCAAGCAUCAUUGCUUGCCUAAAUUCAAGUUAGGCAUAUACUGUCCUCUUUGUCCAAAGUGGUUGAAAUCAAAACUGACAUUGCAGUGGCAUAUGACCCUUGCACAUCCUAAUGAGGACAAACUUCUUGAUGUUGACAAGGAGUUCCUUGGCCCUCUAGAUGUUGACACCAAGUGUCUUUGUCCUCGUGGUCUGAAAGAAGGACAGUUACAACAGCAGGUGGAUACUCCCUGUUGUGAGGUUUGUUCCAAAUCUUUUGUUCACCAUAGUGAGUACAUCACUCAUAAGAAACUUCACAUCGCUACCAGCACUUCAGAAGCACGCCCUGCAUCGUCUGACCAAAGAUCGAAGUUGCCCCCCUCCGUUGAUCCACAGCCUGUAUCUGAAAACCGAUGUGAUUUGGAAAUUGCUGAUCAAAAGGAGAAAUUGUCCAGAAGGUCUGAUCAGGUACAGCAGAAGUUGCCCUCCUCUGUUGAUCCACAGCCUGUAUCUGAUAACCGAUGUGAAUUGGAUAUUGCUGAUGAAGAGGAGAAACUGUGCUGUGUCUGGUGUCAGAAGCAAUUUCAGGAUGCAAAUGAACUAGUAGAUCAUACAAACGUCCACUUCGCAUGGGGUAACAACUGUUGCCCAGUCUGUAAAAAUUGGUUUACUUACCCAUACUUUAAGAAGCACCUUAAACUAGUUCAUGGAAUAAUCACAUCUGCCACAAUAAGGCAGGAUGACAUUUCAGCAGCGACCACCUCUCCUCAAGUAAUGCAAAAGCGCUGUAAAUGGUGUGAUGAGAGUUUUGAUUCAAUAGACUCUCUGGGACAUCAUACACGCCUCCACAUUGUCAAGGGACGAAACCGUUGUCCAUUCUGCGGCAAGUGGUUCGCAACAGAUCAGAAAUCAAACUUCAGAAUACAUCUCAGAAGACACGGUGUAUUCAUACCUAGUGCUAAAGCAUGGAUCCUCAAGGAUACUAGCGGUGAGUUGCCUGUUUCACAAAUUGACUCGAAAGAUGAGGACGUGCAUCGCGCAAAGGGGCAGAAUGAUGACAUCUCUUGUAAGAGGCCGCACCUUGCAAAGGAUACAUGGACAAUGAGAGAACAAACCAAAGCUGAAACUCCACAUGGUGAUGGAAGAUGUGAUGAAGUACAACAAAGUUCUGAUGAGAGAGGGCGUUCCAACAGCAGUAAAUCACAUGUUCCACAUGUUUUGCCAGUAGGACGGCAACGGCAAAAUCAAGAAUCACAACAGUCUUUAGAAAAAAAACAGAAUGUUCAGAUUACUGGCAAUGAAAUGUCUGGUUCACAAGUUGGCCAGAAAGGGAUGAAAAAGCAAACUGCGGGACUUGGAAAAAAUGAUGAUUCCGUUUUAACAUUGUACUGGAUAAAUGGCACUCCAGUUUUUACUGGAUCUCCUGUAACAGUUGUUACAACAUCUUGUCAGGCACAACAGAAUCUUGCCAAAGAAAGGCAGUCCUCGCUGGAUGCAAACAGCGAUGCCUCUGCCUCACAGGGUCAGAGGAAAGAAGUGGAACAACAGACCAAUCAAUGUCAUAUAGAUCACAUUUCCCACAGUCAGAGGAGCCUGCAUCUUACUUCUGACACCCAGGCUUUGACAGAAUCCCCUGAACCGGCGAAUCAACCAAUACAUCGCUGUUUAUGGUGUGUGCAGGAAUUCAGCUCUCUGAACGAACUGAAUGUCCAUCUGCAAAUCCACAUAGUCAAGGGGAAAAACCGCUGUCCAGUCUGUAAAAAGUGGUUAUGCAAUGAAUAUUACUUCAAAACACAUCUUCAACUCCAUGGUUUCAAGAUAGAAAAACAAAGACAAAUAAAGUCUUUAAAGAAGAAAAGCGAGACCAAUCAGAUAACAAAGAGUCAAAUCAUCUUUCGUCGCGCCCCUGUCAGAGGACAAAGACAUCGUUGUUCAUGGUGUACAAAAGACUUUGGUACUUUAGUAAAACUUGUAGAUCACACACGUGUCCACAUUUCCAAGAGAAAAAAUCAUUGUCCUGUCUGUAAGAAGCUGUUCACUGAUAGAUCCCUUUUUGGGGAACACCUUAAGAUUCAUGGAAUCGUUCCGCCACCCGAGAAGAAACUGUGGUCCAUUCUGGAUAUUGACAGUAACAUGGCCAAUCCACAGGUUGUUCACGCAAAAGUGAAAAAUGAAAAUGCUGGGUGCCAUGUUGUCCUUGAUGAAAGACUGCAGUCCUAUUCAUUGGAUAUGCCAAGUGUGAUGGAUUCUCCUUCAUCUGGAACCCCAUCGAAUGAUCAGACCUCUGAUCAGGUACAACAUGGUGAGGAGAGUCAGUGUGUUGUGGAUGCUACCACAGGAGAUACAGUGUAUGAAAUAGAAUCAGACUGAUGCUUUCCUUCAUUAGGAUGAGAGUUUUUCUGUGGAUCUCCAGUGAGAUGAUGUCACCCAUGAAACUGACAAAUGUCUUUGAAAGCCCAUUCAUCAUUCUAUAUACAGGCAGAAAUUCUUUAGCCAAGGGGUACUGUCGGGGCAUCAUCUCGCGCACAACUACAGCUCCUAAAUAAAAGCUGUUUUUUGUUCCCCAUGAGUCAGAAGUGGUUCAAAGAUAAUGAGAAAUUGGAGUGGCAUAUUGAAGAAUGGCUUCCUUUGCUAAAUACUAGCAGAUUUGCUAUCCUCUCACCUUCAGGAAGAAGGAGCAUCAGAUAUUCAGUGUAUAGUCUAGAAACAGGGUGGUAGACAAGGGGUUUUAGCAUGUUAUAGCAGCCGGUUUGAAUUUUGAAAUGAUAGGUUUGAAAACCAUUUUUCUGGCUUAAAUUCAUACUCCCCGGCCCAACAUAAUUUCUGAAAUAUUAGUCAUACAAUUGUUUGAAAAACAGCUCAGAUUGCAACAAAUGAGCAUCUAAGAAUGCCAAAGCCCAUAACCCUUGCCUAUGAAAGCCAGAUAAUGCCUGUGUUAAACUUGUGGGAAAUAGAUAUAUGUACAUGUAGUUUAGUAGUUUACGGGUAGAGCCCUGGUCACAAUGGACUUGGUGGUUUGCACACAUCACUAUUUACCUAAAAAAAGCACUUUACUACGGGUUGCACUAAAAAAUAAGUUAAAAAUGGGGAAUAUUUGCACAUUUGGAUUUUUCAUCUCUUGGGAAGGGUGCUAAAACUUAGCAAUACAAGUUUUGAAAUAAUGUGUUUUGUCUCAUUUUUGUUCAAGUUUUUUUUUAAAUAUUGGUAUUAUUGGUACAUACAGAUGUGUUUAUUUUAUGUGAUGGCUGUAUUAUACUGUAUAUGUUAUUGAAGAUCCUGUCGGAAGUGAAA